AUGUCGUCCCGUGGAGCCUUGAUGAUAAGUUUAGAUGGGUUCAAAUUCCUCAAACACACGGUGUCGAAGGGCGGCUUGAAGACCAGGUGGUGGUGUGGGACGCACAACCACAGGGGAUGCCGUGCCGUCGUCUACACUGUGGCCGACAAGGCAUAUCCUAACCAGACCUUUCUUUCAGACCGGCCCACAUUCUUCACCUCCAAAAUCGGCGCGCGUCUGAUGCAACUCCGAGGGUAUCACUACACCAGGCGUUCUGUCUGCUCCUCCAAGGUCCGGUGGCUCUGCACCGAGAGUAGAGACAGGAACUGCCACGCCGUUGUGGUCACCAUUGGGAGGACCAUCAUCGAUAGGCACAAUAAGCACAACCAUCCACCGAAAUAGCAUUAGGCCCGCUCUGCUGAUGCGGAGAUGAAAAGUGACUUUGGGAUAGGAAAACUGUGAAGGUUUUAGUGGACUUGGAACCUCGUUUGACAUGUUUUAGGAUAUUUCGGAAGUGUAAGUGUUCGUGAGUACGUGACGUGUGUAACGUACCUACUAAAGCCUGGUCCGUAAGCACGUAGAAUC